AUGCUCCUCUCAUCAGUCUUCUCCCUCCUCGCAGCAGCCCAGCAAAUCCCACUCCCACCCCAUCCACCACCCCCUGAACCAGUCCCCUCAACCACAUCAACACUACAAAACCGCCUAAACCAAGCCCUGCCCCAAAUCCAGGCCCUCAAGAGAAUCGGCGGCACAGCCGGCAUCUCCAUCGGCGUCACGUCCCACAACCACGUCCUCCUAAACACCAACCUCGGCUUCUCCAACAUCGACCGCCGCCUCACCGCAAACUCAUCCACAAGAUACCCCAUCGCCUCCCUCACAAAAGCCUUUGUGUCAUCCACAAUCGCGCAGCUCGUCCACGAAGGCCUCCUCAAGUGGGACGAGCCUCUAUCGAGCUACAUACCCGAGCUCGCCUUCGAACACGAUCCAUCACUCGCAGACCAGCUCACCCUCAUCGACAUCCUCUCCCACCGAACUGGCCUCGCUCGUCUCGACGCCCUCUGGCUAGGCGCCGACAGCCAAACCUUUGCCCCCAAGAACUUCACAAUCCCCCUGUGCAAUCACCUCCCGCCCAUCCACCCGAUCCGCUCACAAUGGCUCUAUAACAACUGGAUGUACGCCCUCGCAGGCGAAGUCAUCGAGAGAGUCACAAACCAGUCCUGGGGCAAAGUCCUCUCCUCCCGGAUCCUCAACCCGCUCAAUCUCUCCCACACCACAGCCAUCGCAUCGGAGAUCCCCCCAGACUCAUUAGCCCUACCGUACAUGGUGCUCGACGACGACAACAAGACCCCCGUCCAGGUGGGCAAGAUGGGUCUCACCGACGGCAGCAUCAUGACUUCCGCCGGUGGCAUCCGCAGCACCGUCAGCGAUCUCCUCACCUGGGGAAACACCCUCCUCUCGCUCUACCGAGACGAUGAAAAGAAGCCACCGCUUGCGCUUCUCGACACCGUCCUCUCCGGCCACAGCUUCAUGAACAGCACCGCUGCAACAGACGAGCUCUAUACCUUGGGCUUUGCCAAAGUCGUCAUCCCUGCUCAGUUCGGCAAAAUCGGCUUCAACUCCAUUCUCAUGGACGCCAUGCCCGUGAUAGGAGCCAGCUCCAAGUCGCAGCAAGUCUUCUACCACAGCGGCGCCGGCGCGGGCUACAACCACUGCCUCAUGCUGGUCCCUAGCUCCCAGUCCGUCAUUGUCGUCCUGACCAACUCUGUCUCUCAGGGGGACACUGCCGACUGGAUCGCUCAGACACUGCUCCAGGUUAUAUUAGACGAGAAGCAGCAGCAGCAGCAGCAGCAGCAGCCGCUCGACCUAACGCCAUUUGCUGAGCGAGCCGCUACAAAAUGGAGAGCAACCCACCAGGAAAUCGUCGACGCUCUCGAAAAAGGACGCAAGCCCGACUCGCCAGAACCAAGACAUGACAGCCUCGUAGGCAAAUACUGGCACCAGUCUCGAGCUCUCUACCUCGAGGUAUACUCGGAUGAUGAUGGUGAUGGUGAUGACACCCUGAGAUUCAACAUCAACGGAAGGCCCGAGCAAGAACAUGUCCUGUCACACUACGGCGACGACACAUUCAUCUUCUUGCCGUCGGCCGAUCAGCGGCUUCGCAGGGGCUUGUUCCACUAUGGCCCUGCGGCGUGGCUUUUGCAUUUCGAAAACAGGGAUUCAAGAGGGAGGUUCACGGAGAUUCAGUGGAAUAUCGACAGCCAGGCACCCUCUCCUGAGCGAUUCGUGAGAGACGAAUCUUGA